ACAGCAGCACAAAUCUAUAAUGUUCCUGAAACUGGAUAGGGAGCGUCAGCACUGACUCAAUUGAUCUAGGGGUCGUAUUGACAGUUUAACAUCCAAAGGUGAGAAUGUAAACAUGCCGAUGUGGGUGUGACUGGAGUUUAGGUAGGCGUGUGAAUAGUGGACAGGAACAAAUGCUCUGGGGAAGAGACAGGGAACAAUAGUGCCCUUUGGAACAGGCAUGACUCAUGCAUGAAGGACUAUCUUUCAUAAGAGAGAGUUCAGAGUCCCAUUAAAGGACACCUGAGAAAGGAACAAAAAAACUCACCCAGGACCACCAAAGCACUGAUCUCAGCUAUGCCAGCAACAGGGGAAGAACGAUGGUUAAGCCAGAGAGACCUAGAGAGGGAGUGCACUUCUUUAUAAAGGAAGAGGUAAAAUACAGAAACACGUUUCCACUGUGUUUGUGUGUGUAUGCAUGGUCACAACAGACAGUGAGGGCAGUUCAAGACGACAGAGAGCUGGCUGUCCAUCCACUGAUUUCCUUCACAUUCAUUCAAGUGUUUCCCCUUUAUUUUCUGUCAGAUGCAUGAAGGGGCAUCAAUGCCGGCGGCUUAACCACCUCCUCAUCUCCAUAUUCUCCUCCUCCUCUCAAUAUCCAAUCUCCUUCAGCGCUCCACCACAUCACACAUACAGUCUUUCCCCACAACACCCACACAAACACAGGCACGCACAUUCCCUCUCCAUUCUCUCUCUCUCAUACACUCCCUCCUGCCUAGAGAUCUGAAGAUGUGACUGAGGCUGGUUUGUAAUCAGAUGAAAGACGAGUAUAAUGCCGAAGCUCCCUCCAUCUUUUUCACUGCUGGAGCGGGGAUGCUGAAGGAGAGGACAAGGGCCAGGAUGGUGACGUGUGACUGAGAGAUCUGUGCUGACGGAGAUUCUGCCUUUAUAAGGACCGGGACUGACGCUGUACUUUUGGGAGUCUGGGAUGACCACAGAGAGUGGACGGGUGAAGACAGGGCUGAGAGGACAUCACAGGGAGCUUCAUCUGUGACUGGGACAAAAGCAGAUAUUCAAUGGCAGAGGCUGGGCACACUGUGUCAAUCCCAUCAGGGGACACAAUCCCCUCAGACCCUAUUGUCACAGUUGAGUGCGGUUCAGCAGAGGUGAAGCCUGAAGAUGCACCCCUGAAGAGCUCCAAUGAAGCAUCAUACUCCUCAAAAGACCUCAAGGAUGGCAGCCAGGUUGAUCAACAUGAUGCAAGGGGUCACGGUAUUGCUGAGACCCACAUGUCUGACGAUGUGUGUUUACAGUCACUGAGCGAUCAGAAUAAACAUACAUGUAGCUGUUCACUGACAGUGCACGGGGAACAUGUCUUAUCUCCUCACAAGGACCUUAAAGAGCACAGUCUGUUAUCAAUACAGAAAAGCCACUCAGACAGCUUGCAGAUUUUUAAAGAGGCUGACGCUUCUCCUCUCUACUGUGAAACGGAUGCGUCUUUUUGCCAAGGACGAGACCAGGAUGUUUGUAUGCAGUCAUUUCCUUCUUUAGUGUGUAAACAGGCCAUGCCGCUUCAGCAGAGCAAUACUAUGACCACGUCCACCAGAGCAGGAAGCAGUGGAUCGGCCAGCCCAACUCAACCAGCCAAACAUGGCUUCAUUCAGAUCUGUGAAGUCACUCCAGCGUCCACCUGCCCCAAAUUCAAAGAAGCUGGUUGUUGUAACACACACUUCCCCAACGGAGCUGUCGAGGACACUUUUGCGGCAUAUUGCCACCCGCAACCAAUUCCUGCUCCGGCGCAGCUGCUUCCGCACUUAGUAGGAAUGGAGGAGAGCUACAAGGGCCAAGUAUCAGCAGGCAACCUGCUCGCUCUCCCUCGGCUCAUAUCUUCCGUCAGUGAGACCGGAUUGGACGGUAAGCGACUCCUUCGCUGCUGCAAUCUGGACUGCUCUUGGCCUGGUCCGUUCCAUCCAGUUGGUGCCCAACAGUGGGUGGAUGAAAAGACCAAGAGGGAAGUGGGGACCAUGACCGCAGAAAAAGAACUGAGAGAUGUAGGAGUGCAAGUGGGUCGGGACUAUGAGGAGCAUCCCCAGCACGUGUUCCCAGAAGUGUGCCUGGUGGAAGAGAAGACAAACGCGAGUGGCAAAGUGGCGUCAAAGAGUCAAAAGUCUCCUGUGAAGGAGGUGAAAUGGGAUGCGGAGGGCAUGACCUGGGAGGUGUACGGAGCCUCAGUUGAUCCUGAGGAACUUGGACUUGCGAUUCAGAAACAUCUGGAGGUACAAAUCAAAGAGACUAAGGGAAUAGCGGCGAAACUCUCACGCCAGAACACGAUAACAUCCCAACACAGCUCGGGAUCAACCCAUAGGAGAAAAAAGGGCUUAUUUGGGUUGCUGCGCCGCCCGGGCUGCUGUUCUCGCACCACAGGUGCAGUGGACUAAAGGACCUACAUGAAUGAGACCCCAAAUAGACAUUUUAAAUACUCUUGGGUAUAAAUUUGACAGCCAAGAAAAGAUUAAAAAUAGGGAUUUUAUUUUCCAAAAGUACUUGUCUUUGUAUAACAGAACUGGAUAAUACAUUUCAGAAAAAUCAUGACUUCCUUUCAUUUUUAACACCUCACUUAAAUGCUGUAGUAGUUUCCUCAGUGGGUUUAGAACUCUUUUAUAAUUUAUAGAAAGAUUGUGGGUUAUUUUAUAAUAGUCAACUGCUCUUUGGUUUUUGUUUUCCAUCAGCAAAUCAUAAUGAUUAUGACUAAGUUCCUGUCUUGCAUUAGUCUAUGUGGAAACGUCCAUUGAAUGAACAACUUUUAUUGUUUAAUUCUGUGGAAGCACUGUGAUGGAGGUUUAGAGAAUACUGUAACUGUGGCGCUGACUGUGGGUCGAAACAUGACAGUAAGACAGACGGUAUCACACAUAUGUGUAAAUACUUUUACAAAUAAAACACUAUUUACAAUACAAUACCAUUCAAAAGUUUGGGGUCUGGCAGGUUUUUUCUUUUUUUAAUCUAAAUACAAUACAACAGUAUUAUUAAGAAUUAUUAUUCACUGUCACAUGAUUCUUCAGAAAUCAAUUUAUGCGUUGGUUUGGUGCUCUAGAAAUAUUUCUUAUUAAUAUCAAUGUUAAAAAAUGGUUGUGUUACUUAAUAUUUGUCAGAAUUCUUUCAUGAAUAGAAAUUUUAAAAGAACAGCAUUUAUUUGAAAUCUUUUGUAACAUUAUAAAGGUCUUUACUGUCAUUUUGAUACAUUUUAUGCAUCCCUGCUGAUUAAAAGCAUUCAUUUCUUUUAUGACCCCAAACUUUUAAACAGUAGUGUAAAUUAAUAUUGAAUAAUAAUAUUAAUAAUAUGCAGUAAGAUAAUAGAUGUAGCAGGUGAUUAAUUAUUUUAGUCCUUACUUGUCAGUACAUUACCAAAUAUACAUAUUUCUUAAUAAUAAAAAUUUCUAUCAAUUUCACAUUUACUGAGAAGAUUAGCACUGGAUUUUCUACAGCAUGACAUAACUGGUUUUUUGGAAAGGAACAAAGAAAAUGAGUCAUAAUGUAUACAUAAUUUUGACACUUGGGAGUAGAAUAUGAUUUGCUAGCUAUUUAUCAAAGUAAAUUAAAUGUCUCACCAGCAGCAUUGUUUUUCUCUUUGUCUUCUACUGUAACAAUAAAUGCAAUAUAGCAGUUAA